AUGGCUCUUUCUAGUGCGGCGAAUGUCAAUGUUGAGAUGGGCUAUGCCACGCAUGAUUCUUGGUCGACAGACGAAAAUUCGUCACUGAAUGCUGGCUGGGCUGAAUGGGAGAAGAAGCGGAUAGAAUCCAGGUCGGCAACACGAACAAAUAAUUUCCGUCGUAUCGUCGUUCCGAUCUAA